UCAAUCCAGAUUUUUCAGUCGCAUCUUAUUCGAAUCCUACGUACUUUUAAGUUCCUCACCUCCAGAUCCAAACAUAAACCUACAGACGCAUCCAACACAAUGGGCUCAAUCUCUACAAACAAACCCCACGUCCCCAAAGCCGGCGUCUGGUGUCCAGCUGUAACAUUCUUCGACCCAUCAACCGAUGAGAUAGACCUCGCCUCCCAAUCCAAAUACUUCACCUAUCUCUCAACCACCGGGCUAGCAGGCCUGGUCAUCCUCGGGACGAAUUCCGAAGCAUUCCUGCUCACCCGCGAAGAACGAUCCCAGGUCAUCUCGACAGCGCGUCAAGCUGUUGGUCCGGAUUUCCCGCUUAUGGCCGGCGUGGGUGCGCACUCGACGAAGCAGGUUCUGGAACUUGUGCGAGAUGCGAAGGAGGCGGGGGCGGAUUAUGCGCUUGUCCUGCCGCCGGCGUAUUUCGGGAAGGCGACUGAUAUGAAUGUCGUGAAGAGGUUCUUUGCAGAUGUCGCAAGGGAUUCUCCGUUGCCGGUUGUUGUGUAUAACUUCCCCGGGGUGUGCAAUGGGGUUGAUCUUGAUUCGGAGACGAUCACCGCCAUUGUGCGGGAAUCGAAGGAGAGUAGGGCCGAUGGGGUUUCGAACGUCGUUGGUGUUAAGCUGACUUGUGCUUCUGUUGGGAAGAUUACCCGUCUUGCUGCUACGUUCCCCAAGGAGGAGUUCGCCGUGUAUGGCGGUCAGUCUGAUUUCCUCAUUGGAGGGUUGAGCGUGGGUUCCGCGGGUUGCAUCGCGGCGUUCGCGAAUGCAUUCCCAAAGACAGCAUCCAAGGUUUAUGACCUCUACACGGCCGGACAAAUCGAUCAGGCGAUUGAACUCCAGCGAAAAGCAGCCCUGGCGGAAAGUCCGGUCAAGAGUGGGAUUUCGUCGACAAAGUAUGCGGCUGCGAUUUUCUCGGCGCCAUUGGCAGGAAUUGGAGGAGCAGAGAAGAAACUGAAUCCACGGACGCCGUACGGGGAGGCUGGCGAAGGAGUGAAGAAGUCGGUUAGAGAGGGGAUGGGGGGUUUGCUGGAGGUCGAGCAAAGCUUAUAGGUUUGAGCAGUAUGUAGGGUUAUGGGAUGUUACUCUGGACUGCAUGUCACGGUAGCUUUCAGUGAUAACACAAAAACAUUUAUGAAAGCAUAACUUCAGAGUAGAGUAACAUUUCAGACAAUGCCAUGACGCUGUAU